CAAUUACACUAUGUUCACUUUCACUCUCUCUCACACACAGUCACAACACACUUGAACACAACACACACACUACAUGAUGCAUCAUUAGUUAAACGUUGUCUACCUCAAUCACUCUUUAAUAAACACAAAGUAUUUCUCAAAUUAAUUAAGUAUUGUUGGUUUUUUGCUUGCAGGGAGAAAGAAAGCAAAAUCUAAAACGCAAUGAAAAGGGUGAAAUAGAUCGAUGAUGAUGAUGCUGUUGUUCAAUAGUAGGUGGAGGGUGAAGGGAAGAAGUGGUAUUACACGUCGUUCUCAAUCUUUUUCUUAAUAGUUCUAUAAUAUCUAUAACCUUGCACCUCCAACAAGAGUGUUGUAUUAGUAAAGUAGGGUUAUUUGGUGCAAUAAUAAUAUGCAAUCUCAAAGUUCAGAUACGUUUCCCUCUCACAAUCGCAAUGACCCAAUUUCCUAUUAUGACCCAGCAUUUUACUACUACAAUAGCAGACCCUUUUUCAUUGACUCUGAAAGCAACCCAACAUCAAAACAAGAAAACAAUAACAACAACUGUGACCUUGUUCCUUCUCCUCCUCCUCCUUUGUCCUUUUUCCACUUUCCUUCUCCAACCUUUGAAGAUACUCAAAAUCAAAUUUUCCUCGAACAACGCCACGAUUUUCUCCUUCAGUUUUACCAUCAACCUCUGCCUCAAGACCCCGAGCCUCAACCUGUUAUUACCACCAUGGAUCUUUCUGUUAAAAAGAGUGAUCAGAUCCAAAGAAAAAGAGUACCUGGCAAGAGAGAUAGGCACAGCAAGAUCAACACUGCAAGAGGGUUGAGAGAUCGGAGAAUGAGACUUUCCCUUGAAGUUGCAAAGAGGUUUUUUGGCCUUCAAGAUAUGCUGAACUUUGACAAAGCAAGCAAGACUGUGGAGUGGUUACUGAACCAAGCAAAAGUUGAAAUCAAUCGACUAGUGAAAGAGAAACAGAAGCAGCAGCAGCAGCAGAAGAAGAAGAAGGAGAAUGAUCAUCAUUAUUAUCAAAGUUGUAGCAGUGCUAGUUCGGAAUGUGAUCAAGAAGGUGUGUCUUGUCUUGAUGAGGUUGUGGUGGGUGGAGAUCAAGAACAACAACAAGAGAGGGUCGAAAAAGUUGUGAAGAGAAAGGUCAAAAACUCUAGAAAAAUCAGUGCAUUUGACCCUCUUGCAAAAGAGUGUAGGGAAAGGGCAAGAGAAAGGGCAAGAGAGAGAACAAGAGAAAAGAUGAGAAAUCGUGGAGUGCUAGCUGAAGAAUCAAAGCAAUGUGGAGAGGAAACAAAUCAGGAUCUGAUCCAAUUGGGUUCUUGGAACCCCUUUGAAACAGGAGAUCAAGAAUCUGCAGGUGCCAAGAGAACUACUACUCACAGUGUUGCUGAGAAUCCUUCUUCCUUGGACGUGAUUACUAUUGAGGCUAAAGAACAAAGCUACCACGCAGCAAAGGAGCAUGAUGAUGAUGAUGACGAUUCUUUGGUUGUUUUGAGCAAAUGGAGCCCCUCCUUGAUUUUCAAUAACUAUGGAUUCUCUCAAGAUCACCAAUUUGCAGAAUUUCAGUCCUUGGGAAAGCUGUGGGAGGCCUAAAACAAUCACAUCUUUGAUGCGCCGACAGAAAUGCGCAAGCCCUGCUAUGUAUUUGUUUACUUUCCUUUCAGAAAUUUAACGGAGUAAGGUACCUUCCAGUUCUACGAAUCUGGUAAAAACUCAAUAUAUAAAACGGUUGUAUUUUAUUUUUUUUAUCUUUAUAACACGUUUCCUUUUCCAUGUUUCUGCUCUGAUCCUGGCCACCUAAUUACUACUCAGUGACAU